GUCAAUAUAAACAGCCUGUGCAGAGCACUGCGUUCAUAAAUGUGAAACAAGCCCGCACCAUCAUGUUUGGCACUAAGAGGCAGUGAGAAUGCCUUGUCACACUUGAACCACAAGUGGAUUCUGGAUUCUCUCGCUUGGAGUUCAUGGAUCUAACCUGGCAGCAACCAAUCUGUAUGCCUUCUGUAAAUGAUCCUCCAAGGGUUUACCUGUAGCAGUGCUGUCAUGCUCCCAGGAAUAAUCACAAGAUUAAAGAAAAAGUCCCAGUCGGUGGAUAUUAGUGGGCCAGGAUGCAACCCAGUGGCAGCUGAAGCUCAGACACCCCAGCCCAGCAAACCUUUGCCUGCCACUCAGACAGCGGCUUCCGAGGAGGAACAGGACAACACCACAAACACCCAACGGCGCAACCCGCGGAGGAGCGAUUUGAAGAGAUAUUACACCAUUGACGCUGGCCAGAAGAAGACCCCAGACAAGAAAGAUGGGCGACGAAUGUCUUUCCAAAAACCUAGAGGGACUCUUGAAUAUUCUGUGGAAUCAAGAGACACUUUAAACAGUAUUGCCUUGAAAUUUGAUACAACACCCAAUGAACUGGUUCAAUUAAAUAAACUUUUCUCAAGAGCAGUCGUUCCUGGACAGAUUUUGUAUGUUCCUGACCCAGACUACAUUUCUAGUGUGGACAGCUCCCCCUCUCUAAGUCCUGUAAGUCCCCUAUCACCUACAUCUUCCGAAGCAGAGCUUGACAAGGCUACAGUAAAUGAUUCAGAUGGAGUCCAACAGAAGGAGUCAGCUGUUUCACCAGCACAUGCAUGUGUUCGUCCUUCAAGAGUGGUAUCAUCCACCUCCGAAGAGGAGGAAGCAUUUACAGAGAAAUUUCUAAAAAUUAAUUGCAAGUACAUCACUAAUGGCAAGGGUACGGUCAAUGGUGUGCUGCUAGUGACACCCAAUAAUAUCAUGUUUGAUCCUCAUAAAAUGGAUCCUCUGGUCCAAGAGAAUGGCUGUGAAGAAUAUGGCAUCAUGUGUCCAAUGGAAGAAGUGAUGUCAGCUGCUCUGUAUAAAGAAAUUGUGGACAGCAAAAUUAAGGAAUCAUUAAGCAUAGAUGUAGAGCAGCUGUCAGUAAGAGAACUUGGCCAUUCCAAGAAAGCUGCAAAGAGCAAUGCAGAUGACACGGAUUCCAGGGUUCGGGACACGGGCAAUGACAGUGCCAGUACUGCCCCAAGAAGCACAGAGGAGUCUCUAUCAGAAGAUGUAUUCACAGAAUCAGAACUCUCUCCAAUACGUGAGGAGCUUGUUUCCUCAGAUGAGCUUCGACAAGAUAAAUCUUCUGGAGCAUCAUCGGAAUCUGUCCAAACAAUAAACCAGACUAGUGCUGAAUGUUUAACAGUCAUUUCAGACUCAAAUGAAGCUGCCAGUGACUUAAAGCCCAGUGCCGAAAUGGUUGUAGGUGGUAAACAGCUUGGUACCCACUUAAGUUCAGAAAGUGCUAAAAUGUCUAUAAAGGGGGGGGAAGAACCUGGUGAAAAUACUGCAGAUGUCCUCCAGCAAUCUUUGCAAAGAUCACAAGGUAGCAAGGAGAGAGAAGUGAGCAAGAAUCAGGGUUCUUUACUAGGGAAAAAAGCAGAUAAUGAGAUGGAAGAGGAGUGUUCGGGUUGUGAAGAUACCACAGACUCUCAAAAGAAAGAGACACCUAGCAAAGGAAAAGUAGUGGGAGAGCAAAGUCAAGACUCAGAGGCAGAAGUUGAGGAACUCCGCAAGCUCUGGAAGACCCACACUAUGCAACAAACAAAACAACAAAGAGAAAACAUGCACCAGGAUUCACAAAAAGAAAUCAGUCGGAAAGCUGUAUCUGCAGGAGAUGGGCGGUUAGAAGGUCCUUCUGUUGUGAAAGAAAAAAGACGACAUCGAUCUCACAAGUUUCUAUGUCUCAGGGUUGGAAAACCCAUGAGAAAAACAUUUGUUUCUCAAGCAAGUGCAACAAUGCAACAGUAUGCACAAAGGGACAAAAAACAUGAGUACUGGUUUGCCGUUCCACAAGAAAGGACAGAUCAUUUGUAUGUCUUCUUUAUCCAGUGGAGUCCAGAAAUAUAUGCAGAAGACACUGGGGAGUCUCUUCGGGAACCUGGAUUUAUAGUGGUAAAAAAGAAGGAAGAGCCUGAAACUAGUGAAGAAUCAAGUACUGAAGAUGCUGCUAAAGAAUGGGAGGUAGUGUCAGUGGCUGAGUAUCACCGCAGGAUCGAUGCGCUAAAUAGCGAAGAACUGCGCACACUCUGCAGACGUCUCCAGAUAACAACAAGAGAAGAUAUCAAUUCAAAACAGGCAACAAAUAUCAAAACAGACCUGGAGCCUGAAGCAUUCCGGCCAAAUCUUAGUGAUCCAAGUGAAUUACUACAGCCAGAACAAAUUGAAAAGCUCACAAAGUCUCUUCCACCACGGACUAUUGGCUAUCCAUGGACUCUUGUCUACAGUACUGCAAAGCAUGGCAUGAGCUUGAAGACCUUGUAUCGGACAAUGAUGGGAUUAGAUACACCUGUGCUGUUGGUUAUUAAAGACAGUGAUGGACAGGUUUUUGGUGCACUAGCAUCUGAACCAUUUAAAGUGAGCGAUGGCUUUUAUGGCACUGGGGAGACCUUUAUGUUCACCUUUUCUCCAGAUUUUGAGGUUUUUAAAUGGACAGGAGACAACAUGUUCUUCAUUAAAGGGGACAUGGACUCUCUUGCUUUUGGUGGAGGAGGAGGAGAGUUUGCUCUUUGGCUUGAUGGUGAUCUCUACCAUGGAAGAAGUCAUUCAUGUAAAACAUUUGGGAAUCACACACUUUCUAAGCGAGAAGACUUCACUAUUCAAGACAUAGAAAUAUGGGCUUUUGAAUAAGUAUUUGACUAUUUCUACAGGUUUUUGUCCCAAACCUGACAUGAAUCAGUGCAGCUUAAAAAUCCCUAGGAGCAAUAUAAUGUAUUUUACUUAUCUGUUUUUGGGUUUUUUUUCUAAUUUUUCAGUGUGGCCAUUAGUGUUAUUAUUUUUAAAUACCUGAUGUUUUUUCAUGCUCUUGCAUCUGUAAUAUAUUGUCAUACUUUUUCUAAGAUGUAGACUCUUUUACAAAAUAUUGAUCUUAUGGACUAAAAAUUAACAUUAGUUUCUUUGAGCCGUGUGGCCUGCAGAAUUUUCUUAUCCAUGUUACAGUUGCCUCCCAGGUUUCCCACACACACCUUUCCUGCAAUCCUGCUAGGGGGCUGCUUCAUUGAAUAUAGCUUAUUAUUUUUGUAUUCAAAUUAUGUCUGUGAAUGAAGUUGCCCUCUGUGAACCUCUAAGAAAGCUGCGUGUGGGUAUUUGGCAGCAGCACUGCAGAGAUUAGUCCAGACCAAUGAUGGGUUAUUCAAGUGGUGCCACAAAUGGAUGAGAAGCUGAGCAUUCCUUCUUAACACAUCCCAGUACAGACAUGGUGAAGUUAGAAGAUAUCCAAAGUCAACAGUGCCACUUGUCUUGUUUCUUGUUCAUGUGUAGAAAAAAGUCAGUUAAUACGUGUUGUAGCUGCAUGCUGAUUGUAUUUAAAGAGUGUUUUGCACAUGCUGUUAAUGAUCUGCAGGUUUGGGACAAAUACUGACAGUAUUGAGCUAAGUGGCAAAGACUUACAAAAUAGCAAGAGAAUGUAAGAAUCUAAUAGUUCCAAAAAAUUAAAAGGCUAAAGCAAGCAAAACUCAGUGAACAAUUUGUAGCUAUAGUAGGGCAUUAAAAGUACAGAAACAGAUGCAUCUUUCUUCAACAUAAAGUGUCAGAUAUAUACUGUUAUACUGUUGUAGCCGUGUAGCACAUCAGCUCCAAGAAUAUAGCUUAUUCCUGUCCAAAGAAAAAAAAAAUACUUGUGAUGUUUUUGAGUGGGGGUCUAUGUUGUAAAUUUACAAUUAGCACCAGCUCUGAUUAAAAUGACAUCAUGUAUCAUAGGUAGACAAUAUUGUAAUUCAGUAGACUUGUGGAAUAUGCAAACUUACUGUCAUGUGACCUCAAAAGAUAAAUGACAGGCUAGAAUACAGUUCCAGUAGCUCUUGUCCACUUUUGUAGAAAACUUGAUAAGCCAUUGUGGCAAUAACAGCUCAACAAAACUGUUUGUUUCAAAGCUUUUAUUCUAUGUUCUGCAAAAAAAAACAAAACAAAAAAGAACAAAAAAAUUGCUGUUAAGUGUGACAGUGACUGACUUUGUGCUGAAAUUUCAGCUAUUUCAGACAAACAUUGUAUAUUAUCUUGUAAAUUAAUGUUUAAAGUAGUUUUGUUAUUAUAGAAAAGUGUUGAUUGACGGGUUGCUUAUAGCACUUUAAAUUAUUCUAGAAAUGGAAUAAAAGCCAAAUGGGUUGGCUUAUGUAGACGUAGUUGUAUAUUUCAAAAUAUUUACUUUUCUGGAAAGUAAAAAAAAAACAAACUUAUUGAAGACAGCUUACUGCUAUGGUAAUGAGAAAGGGCAGAUGUUUCAUCUAUAAUAUGCUAAUGCUCAAUAUGAAUAGAAAAACAGGGCUUUGUUUCCUGUCUCUAUGUAUAUCUCUUUAUCCUUAUUAGAACUUAGUAAAAUGUGUAGAGUAAGUGUUUACAAAAUAAGGAACUGUAAAUAAAUUGAAAUGGCUUUUCUCCCCUUUGGUCUUCCACAGCAGUAUUAUUGUCUUUGUGGAGUUACAACUGAUUAUUUCAACAAAAAAAAAAUAAAUCCUGUAAUGGAUUUCAAGUACUAUAAGCUCACAGUGAUGUAUAGCAAAUAAAUCUAAAUAUAUGUAAAAAUAAACUUGAGUUGGAGUUUAUUUAGAAGGUGGAAUUUAUGUAGAAGCGCAAAUGUCAUUUUUUGCUGUUCAUUUAACAACUGAAUGUAUAGGAUGGAUUUUUCUCAUCUUUUUUGGCAUUUCUGGGGCUUUUUAAAGCCCAGUGGGAAGCUACGGGAAUGAAAUAUGUUGUCUUCAAUUAUUUUGAAGAGGGAGAGGGGAAAAGUCUCAGAUCAUUCUUGCUGACAAAACCAUUAAUUCAAUUGCACAGUAUCUAUUCUGAACUCAUAUUGCAAAUAAAGCAUAUUUUAGUUUUUUA